UAUUAGUGGGCGGAUAUUGUCUGUAAAAAAGAAAAUACAAACAUUGAGGCAGUGUAUGCAUCUUAGUUAAACAUUUCGCUAACUUUGUAAAGUAAAUUAUUUUUACUUAAGUUUUUUUUAUUUGAAAUAGCCUCAGCCCUUGUAACGCUGCGGAAUAAAAGAAUGGGGGAAUAAUAACGCGCCCCCUGGAGUUGAGCGAUGAUUCAGUGUUGACCAAUCAUUGAAGGCUGUUGACGCAAGCGACACAAUCCCGCCAAUUCCGACUGAGGAGCGCGAGACAGACUGGCUUCCGCUGUGUAGACAGAGGGAACAUGUGUCGGAGAUGCGGAUAGACAAUACCUCGUCUGUUUUAUCAGAAAUAAAAUUGAGGUACAUGUUGUUAAACUAAGAGCGUGAUACCUUCGUUUUGAUACAUUAGGAAUUUUAGGUUGUUACGGGACGUGUUUAGCUGUUUUGAGGUAAUUUUGUUCGAGAAUUACGCGACCGAGGGUAGCCCCCGGGUCAGUGUUUGGGAUGUUAGCGGCUGCAAACCCUUCUGUAGAAGAACAUUUUGCUGCAUCUGCACUCAGUAGGAGAGGCAUGGAUUGCAAGCAAAGUAACAAUGCCAACAAGAAACUUGUACAAGCUCGUCUCCCAUUUAAACGUUUAAACCCAGAACUUAAAGACCAAAACCAGUCACCGAAACGCCGCUGUGCACAUGCAGUUCCUGAACCUACAGACAUGGAAAACGAGUCAUCUCCUAACUCCGUACAAAACAGACCACCCUUGGUUAAUGGUCGUGGUCCCCUUGAUGGCUUUUUGAGCCGAAGGUCUCCUGAACCUUCAAAUGAGGACAUGGUCAUAGAUCUGACUGAGGACAGCACUUCAUCUCCCAAAAAGUGCAUUAGUGCUCCCACUCCUGCCUCUUCUUCCUCUGCAACAGAGGGCAAAGUUCAGGGCGCAGAAACGUCCAGUUCUUCUGAGACAUCCAGCAAGCCUGAUGAAACUUGCACAAACACCUCGGACUACAAAACUGUCAAUGUGGAUGAAGAAGAAACUGUGGAAGAACAUGACGUUUCACAGCUUGACACAACCCAGGAUUCUGAUAGUGAAUCAGAGGAGCAUAAUGAGUCUGGAAAUAUCUCCAGUUUGGGAAAUAAGUCCAUGCUGUCGGCAUCAACAGUCAGCUCUACAUCUGAAAGUUCGCCAGAGAGGUCCAAGACUGAUGACCCCGUUCCCACUACACCUACGGAGCCAAAGACUACGCCCACUACAGCAGAUGAAAGAAAGGCUAAAAGGCGAUCGAUAAAGACUCUACAAGUGCAAGAUGAGAGACUGCGUAUGCGCCAGGAGAAGGAGCGCCUGAGAGAAGAGGCUAAAGCUGCAAAAAACAAAAAGAAGGAAGAGGCUCGGAAACUGAAAGAGGAAAAGGAAAAAGAAAAAAGAGAAAAAAAGGAAAAGGAGGAACGAGAAAAACGUGAAAAGAAAGAGAAGGAGGAUAAAGAAAAGGCUGACAGGCUAAAAGCUAAAGAAGAGCAACGAAAAGUCAAACUAGAGGCAAAGCUUGAGGAAAAACGGAAGAAAGAAGAAGAGAAGCGAGUAAAGGAAGAAGAAAAACGGUUAAAGGAGGAAAAAGAUCGUCUUAAAGCUGAGAAAGCAGAAAUUACCCGUUUUUUGCAGAAGCCCAAGAUUCAACAGGCUCCCAAGACACUUGCUGCUGCAUGUGGGAAGUUUGCUCCCUUUGAGAUCAAAGAAAACAUGGCUUUGGCACCGCUCUGUCGCGUUCAGUGUGCGGACUCUGUCUUGGAGGAACUUGACCAAUGCUUAGUGAAUCAAAAUCGUGCCCAAAACGGACUUAGAGAGUGGAUUGGGCGACAGCCACGUCAGUCAGGACCCACCAACCCCAGACAGAAGAGAGAACUGCUGAGUGACUGCGUGGCAGUGGAGGUGCCUAAACCAGAAGGAGUGCCAGACCGUAAACGUUAUGGAGCCAUGAAGCUCUUGCAGUUUCAUGGAAACUACCGUCCAGCGUACUGGGGCACCUGGAGCAAGAAGAGUUCACGCAUCUCGCCGAGAUUCCCCCUGAGACUGGACAAGGAUUUGUUAGACUAUGAGGUGGACAGUGAUGAAGAAUGGGAGGAAGAGGAGCCGGGAGAGUCAUUGUCUCAUAGUGAGGGGGAAGACGAGGAAGAAGCAGGCGAGGAUGAUGAUGAGGACGACGAUGGCUUUUUUGUUCCUCAUGGCUACCUUUCAGAUGAUGAGGGAGCACUGGAUGAGGAGGAGGGUGGCGACCUGGAGAAACAGAAGCUGCGUCAGAAAUUGAAAGCAAGGGAGUGGGAUGAGCUGAUGUCCACCAAAAAGAAGAUGAAGGUGCUGGAGCCAGUGGUGAGGGGCUGCAUGUGGGAGGGAGAAGGAACUACUUCGGAAGUGUUCCAGCCCUACAGCGUCUGUCUGAUUGAGCCUUUACCCAAGAUGGACAAUAGCCUGAGUCCAGAUGAGCUGUCGCGGAAGUGUCAGAAAGAAGCAGAAUUACUCGGUCAGCUGCUGCCUCUGCUGCACGGCAAUAUCAACAGCUCUAAAGUGAUCAUCAAUGAGUUUCAAGAGUUUUGUCGUCGGCAGGCGUCUUCUUCAUCAUCAACCACACCACCGCCACCUGAACUUUCUAGCCCCCAAAGCCCAGUAGAAAAAAUCCCCAGCAGGUUACAGCUGAAACGCCUGAUCAAGAACAAUGCUAUAUAUGAGAAGCGGUCCACCUACAGACGCUGCUGCUGGUAUGUCCACACUGAAGUCCUGUCACGUUUUAGCCAGGACGGUCUUCCUCUGCCCUGUCAGUGGACCUACUUGACUACGGGAGCGAAAGAAGAAGAGCAGGCGGCCACAGGCUCUCAGGGAAACUCUCCUACUACACCUCAGAACUCCUCCACCUCCUCUUCAGCAUCAAACAAGAGAAAGAGCACGGGGAGCAUGUCCAUCACCAAGUUCAUGAAGAGGUGUACUGAUACUGAGCAGACGGAGGCAAUGGAGACUGAUGGUUUUCAAGCUGACACUGAAGAUGACGAUGAAGAGUGUGUAAUUAUCUCUGCAAAAAGUGGUCCAGCCAAGGAGAAUGCCUCCACUAAGGGAGAUGUCCCGAUGGAAGUUCUGCCCUCUGACACGGCUGCUCUUCCUGUUGCCAGCGUAGCUUCUACCAUUGCCACUGCCUGAGGUCAGGAUAAGACCCUCUUCCCAUCCAAGCUACUCCUGUUUUGGUUCAUCUGUCCCUUUUGGUACUGAACAUUGCUGUGUUCUGGAUUGAAUAUAGUCUUCAAGAAAAAAAAUCAAGCACUGCCCUCUGGUGGAGUAAACCCACGGUAGGUGGCCUCUCAGGACUGUUUCCCCUCCUACCUAAUAUAUAUUUUUAUGAAGGCCAGGUGCUGUUCUGUCAGUCAAAUGUAAUUGAGUUUCUGACCUGAAUACAAAGGGCAGCUUCGUCCAAUUUACUGUGCAACCAUUGGGGCCAUUUUUUUUUCUCUCUCAACGGUGGCAUUCAGUCAGGUGUGACAGUCAUGGGCCUCUUAAACAGGUGAGAUGAGGAUCUCUCUAGCACUGCUACAGCACACUGGGUUGAACAGAGGAGAAACGCAGAAUGGAAAAACCUAAUGUUCUUCAGAAGCACCGAAACUGGUAGUAAAGCAUUAUCUACGUUUCACACAACACGACACAGGUUUACUAGGUUCCUAAUGUACUAAUGGGGAAAUGCUGGGCUGAAAGUCCAUUGGUUUUUCCUGUUGAUUUCAGUGGGAGCAUUUACUCUGCAAUAUCCGACUCUGACAAUUCACUGAUAUAGUUGCUAGAUCUGUACUUGUACAGUUAGGUCCAGUGUAACAAUGUUUUAUAAAUAUGUAUUUUCUGUAUUUUCAAGAAUACUUGAACAGGAAAAGUUCAUUAAACCUGAAUAAAAGUACUGCACUUUUAUAAUA